UCGUUUUAAAGUCACCCCGAUGUCAAAUUUGACAGCUAUACCAAAAGUACUUCUAACCGUAGUUAAAAAUAUUCGAAAUCUGUUUAAAAAUGAAAUUUUCAUUUAUCGAUACUUCAAAAGGGACCAAAGAAUGCGCGAACAGAACUUGUUUCCCCUCCGACAAAUUUUUUUUUUCAAUUUACCACAAAUUUAUGGUAAUUAGAUAAGAAAAUGCGGAUCGAAGUGUUAGAGGUUGACUCCCCUCUUUGAAUACAGGGCGGGGCGAGACAAACCCAAAGUCACAGACCUCUCAGUUAAGCCUGGGUUAGGCACUUGUACACUACGUAUACCAGAUAGUUCCAGUGCAAUUGUAUAUAUAUAUAUAAACAAUAUUGUGAAGUGACAUUUCCGUCAGUUUUAUAGUGGGUGUUUAAAAAAAUUAGCCAUAUAAAAGGGAUGCGAUCAAAUUGACGUCAAAAUGUUCCAUACUGCCCCUAACGCAGUCGGAUACAACGAAACCGCCCCCAACUUCCACCAACACAUCCAACAAUCCCCCGUUUACGUACCGAGCAACCGCGCCAUGCCCCAAUACACCACCCCGUCAACCACCCAUUUCGGUAGCACGCACCAAAGUAAUUGGCACGGGGGUAGCUACCCCGAGAUGACCACCACAACCGCGCACCCUUUAGGAUCGUCCCCGCACCACGCAGGAACCCUGGCGGGGCAAUUUUACGCGCAAAAUAUGAUGAUGAGCGGCUGGAGGCCAUACGAUAGUACCGCGUUCCAAAGGACGAGCCCUUACGGCAUGGAUUACGAAUCCGGGAUGGAUUUUCCGUUCGGAGAGGGUCGCGAAUGCGUCAAUUGCGGCGCUAUUUCCACCCCCCUUUGGCGUCGAGACGGUACCGGCCAUUAUCUAUGCAACGCUUGCGGUUUGUACCACAAAAUGAACGGCAUGAAUCGACCCUUAAUAAAACCGUCGAAACGUUUGACCGCUACCAGACGAUUAGGAUUAUGUUGUACGAAUUGCGGUACUAGAACGACGACGUUGUGGCGAAGAAACAACGACGGCGAACCGGUAUGUAACGCGUGCGGUUUAUAUUUCAAACUGCACGGCGUAAACCGACCUUUAGCUAUGCGCAAAGACGGUAUACAAACGCGCAAACGUAAACCGAAGAAGACGACGGGCGGAGACCGCGACGACGGUAGCUCCGCCUCUACGGAAGAUAAAAAAACGCCCCAAACAACAAAUCAGCCGGUUUCACAAGAGGAAAAAUCGUCGACGGGCUUAGAACGUCCUUAUUUAGGUCAUACGUCGUUGUUGCCGGCUACGAGCACCGCCGGCGCUAUAAAAAGCGAACCGAUUUACGAUUAUAAUAAUUGCGUACAGGGUCAAACGCCGUACGCCUAUCAACAAAUAUUCGGUUUUUCUAAUAAUAAUAAUAGUCAUAACGAAGCUUAUCAUCAUCAGCAUCACGUGACGGCGGCGGCUAAAUUAAUGGCGUCGUCGUAAUUAAACGCGAUGAUAUUUUUUGAGACGCACUGUAUGUUUAAAAAAAUUCGACGAUUAAUCUAAUAGUAAUCGAUUUACGACUAAUUAUCGGAAUUUAAUUAAUUAUUUAUUAUACGUUUCGGUGUUGACGUAAUCGUUCUAAAAAUAUACAGGGUGAUUGAUUAAUAUGAUAAAGUGUAGCGCCCACUUUGUCCUUCGAGAUAUCGAUUUGAAAAUUUGAGAAAUCAUAGACGUUAUCAAUCUUCGCGUUUUGAAAUUAUUUACAAUCUUACAGGGUGUUCUGGAAAGCUGUGCCAUAUCGAAGUUACAUUUUUUUAAAUGGAACACCCUGUAUUUUAUCGCAUAUUUAAAAUCGACUUGACUUUUCCAUUACAAUAAUAUAGGGUUGUGAUAUGUUCUACGGGGUGAUGGAAAAGUUAUAAACAACUUUCGAUAAAAAUCGUAAUUUAUAUAAUACCCUGUAUAAUGUAACAGAUUUUUAAGAAUUUAAAUCUGUUGUUUGCAAAAAAUUCGAAUAGUAGUAAAAAUUGUUUAUUUCGUUAAUUUUCAUUGAUUCUGGUACAGGGUGAAUCAAAAUACUAAUACGUUAUUUUAUCGAUUUUUUCAAAGCGAAUCACCCUGUAUUUUUUAUCGGAUGUUCUUCAUACCUAAAAUAUAAGUGUCGAUCUUUAUCCUACGCUCCAAAAAAGGACGAAAUUUUCAUAAAAUAGCUUAAAAUACGACUGAAAAAUAAUUCAAAUAUAAAAGUCGGUUUUUCUUGUUAAAAGCAAUAAAAAUAAGGUAUUUUAUUCUGUUUAUUUUCUUGAUAAACCUUUGGAGUUAUCGUGAAAUCAAAAAAGAAAGAUUCUCAAUCUACAGGGGCGUUCGAAAUUAAAUUCAAAAAUCUUUUAUGAGAUAAUUUAUUAACUAUUUUUUCAAUGCACCCUGUAUACAAAACGAAAUUGUAUCACGUUUAUUUUUUUGAUGAAUUUUUGGAAUUAUCGUGAAAUCAAAAAAGAAAGAUUCUCAAUCUACAGGGGCGUUCGAAAUUAAAUUCAAAAAUCGUUUAUGAGAUAAUUUAUUAACUAUUUUUUCAAUGCACCCUGUAUACAAAACGAAAUUGUAUCACGUUUAUUUUUUUGAUGAAUUUUUGGAAUUAUCGUGAAAUCAAAAAAGAAAGAUUCUCAAUCUACAGGGGCGUUCGAAAUUAAAUUACAAAAAUCGUUUAUGAGAUAAUUUAUUAACUAUUUUUUCAAUGCACCCUGUACACAAAACGAAAUUGUAUCACGUUUAUUUUCUUGAUAAACCUUUGGAAUUAUCGUGAAAUCAAAAAAGGUAGAUUCUCAAUCUACAGGGGCGUUCGAAAUUAAAUUCAAAAAUCGUUUAUGAGAUAAUUUAUUAACUAUUUUUUCAAUGCACCCUGUAUACAAAACGAAAUUGUAUCACGUUUAUUUUUUUGAUGAAUUUUUGGAAUUAUCGUGAAAUCAAAAAAGAAAGAUUCUCAAUCUACAGGGGCGUUCGAAAUUAAAUUACAAAAAUCUUUUAUGAGAUGAUUUAUUAACUAUUUUUUCAAUGCACCCUGUACACAAAACGAAAAUGUAUGAGGUUUAUUUUCUUGAUAAACCUUUGGAGUUAUCGUGAAAUCAAAAAAGAAAGAUUCUUAAUCUACAGGGGAGUUCGAAAUUAAAUUCAAAAAUCGUUUAUGAGAUAAUUUAUUAACUAUUUUUUCAAUGCACCCUGUAUACAAAACGAAAUUGUAUCACGUUUAUUUUCUUGAUAAACCUUUGGAGUUAUCGUGAAAUCAAAAAAGAAAGAUUCUUAAUCUACAGGGACGUUCGAAAUUAAAUUCAGAAAUCGUUUGUGAGAUAGUUUAUUAACUAUUUUUUCAAUGCACCCUGUAUACAAAACGAAAUUGUAUCACGUUUAUUUUUUUGAUAUUUUUUUGAUGAACCUUUGGAAUUAUCGUGAAAUCAAAAAGAAAGAUUCUCAAUCUACAGGGGCGUUCGAAAUUAAAUUCAAAAAUCGUUUAUGAGAUAAUUUAUUAACUAUUUUUUCAAUGCACCCUGUAUACAAAACGAAAUUGUAUCACGUUUAUUUUUUUGAUGAAUUUUUGGAAUUAUCGUGAAAUCAAAAAAGAAAGAUUCUCAAUCUACAGGGGCGUUCGAAAUUAAAUUACAAAAAUCGUUUAUGAGAUAAUUUAUUAACUAUUUUUUCAAUGCACCCUGUACACAAAACGAAAUUGUAUCACGUUUAUUUUCUUGAUAAACCUUUGGAAUUAUCGUGAAAUCAAAAAAGGUAGAUUCUUAAUCUACAGGGACGUUCGAAAUUAAAUUCAGAAAUCGUUUAUGAGAUAGUUUAUUAACUAUUUUUUCAAUGCACCCUGUAUACAAAACGAAAUUGUAUCACGUUUAUUUUUUUGAUAUUUUUUUGAUGAACCUUUGGAAUUAUCGUGAAAUCAAAAAGAAAGAUUCUCAAUCUACAGGGGCGUUCGAAAUUAAAUUCAAAAAUCGUUUAUGAGAUAAUUUAUUAACUAUUUUUUCAAUGCACCCUGUAUACAAAACGAAAUUGUAUCACGUUUAUUUUUUUGAUGAAUUUUUGGAAUUAUCGUGAAAUCAAAAAAGAAAGGUUCUCAAUCUACAGGGGCGUUCGAAAUUAAAUUCAAAAAUCGUUUAUGAGAUAAUUUAUUAACUAUUUUUUCAAUGCACCCUGUACACAAAACGAAAUUGUAUCACGUUUAUUUUUUUGAUGAACCUUUGGAAUUAUCGUGAAAUCAAAAAAGAAAGAUUCUCAAUCUACAGGGGCGUUCGAAAUUAUAUUCAAAAAUCGUUUAUGAGAUAGUUUAUUAACUAUUUUUUAAUGCACCCUGUAUACAAAACGAAAUUGUAUUACGUUCAUCUUCUUGAUAAACCUUUGGAAUUAUCGUAAAAUAAAAAUAAGAAGGUCCUAAUCUACAGGAGCGUUCGAAAAUAAAUUAAAAAAUCGUUUACAAAGAUAAUUGUGUCCUUAAAAAAAUUUUAUAUAUAUAUUUAACUCUAUAUUAGACUGUAAAUAUAAAAAAUGUAAUUGCUUUAAGACUGUGACGUAUUUGUACAUAAAAAUCUGCUUGAAGUUGACAUAUAUAUAAAUAUAAUUUUAUUCAUCGAUUUUUUCGACUUCCCCUCGUAAUAAUACGAAGACGUAUUUAUAAUUACCCGGCUUCUAAAGUCUCCAUUAAAUCGUUUAAAUCCAUUUAAUUCUUAUAUUUAAUGCACCCUUUAUUACUACGAGGGAUAUUACAGAAAUCAUACGAGGGUUAGUUCGAAAUUCAUUUAAAAAAAAAUUGUCGAUUUCGAGUGUUUUUUUUUUCUUUUCUUUUUAUGACUCUAACAGGGUCUGAAUCUUUGUAAAUAAUACAUAAAUAAUUUUUUUAAUCAUUUGUACAAAAAAUAGUAGCGCUUUUAAUAUUCGUCAUCGUAUAAAUUAAAUUUGAAUCAUA